ACGCCGGCACGCCGCUCAUCGCAGCUGGUGACGCGACCUCUGCUUCACCCCGUGUCAUCGUCCUCCUGACGCGUGCAAUCCCCUCUCCGGUUCCUCAAUAUCCCCUUCCCCUCUCCCUCCGCCUCCUCGCCGAAACCCCCCGCCGCCGCCGCCACCUCCCUCCGACGCAAAAGACCCCCCUCUCCCCUCCGCUACCUCCCCCCGUCGAGCGCCGACCGGACCCCCCGAUCCCUCGUCCCUCCCCUUCCGGUAAAAAAAAGGCCUAGCCGCUUCUCGCUCCGGAAUCCCGCCCUUCUCCGUCGCGGACGAUCGAAUUCCGCCGCCGGGUGGUGUUUCUUCUCCGAGAUCGGUACCAGUCGACCACACCCCACCCAAAGGCCAAAGGUGUCAUUUCGAGGUGCCCUCCGCCCAGAAAUCUUCGGAUUUGGGCUCUGCUGCUGCCUUUUGAGGAGUAGUUGGUGCCCUGAGCCCUGUCGGUGGGCGGUCUGCUGUCCUGGUUCGAGGAGCUCUAUUCAGGGCUUUUUUUUUUCUCCCCUCAUGGGUGCUUUCUGCUCGUGUUUGCAAGCCGAUUACUCCGACCACCAUGGGAACCAGGCGUCCGGCAGCGUGUACCGGAACUGCAUGUGCCUCAGGUGUUUUACCCAGCAGCUGAUCAACGCGUACACUGUUUUAUUCCGAGUUGGAACUGUCCAUGCCGUUUCUCAAGCUAUUGAAGCCACUCCACUUGAUUCAUCUGAAAGUUCAUUCGAUACAUAUCGUUCACCUCCAAGACCACUGCCGUAUGACGAUCCUAGAUUCUCCCCUCCUCUGCGCGACUGGUUUGCGUCAAGGCAUGAUCCUUCAAGCCAUUCACCAGAGGAAUCAGAACCACUCAGAGCAAACUAUGAUGAGGAAAUGGAAACAAUGAGUUCAGUGGACAAGCCAAUUAAAACAAACUAUGACACAAAAAUGAAAAGGUGCAGCUCUGCUUAUGGAGAUAAGCUGUCCAGAAAGGAAUCUGGAAACUACUUCACAUACUUUUCCCCAUCUGCUGAAGAUGAAGAUGUCUGCCCAACAUGCCUUGAAGAUUAUACUUCUGAGAAUCCUAGGAUAGUAAUGCAGUGCUCACAUCAUUUCCACCUUGGCUGUAUUUAUGAGUGGAUGGAAAGAAGUGAGGCAUGCCCUGUUUGUGGAAAGAAAAUGGAGUUCAACGAGACAACUUAGUCCUCAGAUUGAAAUCUGUCUUGGAUUAACAACUCAAAUGGUAAUCUGAAAAUACAGGUACCUAGUCCUGCAAAACUCUGUACAUACACCCUUUAAGUAUUAAAUCAGCAGCGUGCUCUCCUUAGGGAUACUGGAAUCCUCAGAAUUUGGACAGUGCAUAUAAACAUUCUUUUUUCUUUUCUUUGAAAUGGCCGGCAGGGGAAAACUUGUUCCCCUUGGUUUGUCUGUGCCUCUGCGCUGUUGCGACAUGUUUUGAUUUCCAGUGGUUGUGCCACUGGAAGACUGUAAAUUGAUGGUAUGUGUUCAUAUAAUAUUAUUCAUAUGAAAUCCAUGGCUCUGGGGAUUCAUUACA